AUGGACUGCGUUUCAAAGGGAAGAUCGACUAUAGUUGUUGCCGUUUGGAUUCGAUUUGGUUGCAAGGAGGGACCAACGGCCUAUGGAGCCGCUAGAGAAUCCCAACAAGAGUUUUUCCGAUCUGCAGUAUCAUCAGAGAAAAGUUUUUCUGUAAAAGGGAUUGGCAGUGGAGACGAUAUAUUAUUUCUCUCUUGGAAGCCUAGAGCCUUUGUUUAUCACAAUAUCUUGAUUAUGCUUCUCUUCUACAACCUCUAUUUUCUUCUAAUUUUAUUUCCUUAUUGGAAUCAUUAUUCCAAAUGGACUGCUGAUGCAUCACCGUUGUGUGGUCUAGCCUUCAAGAAGAAGGAGACCGUACUAACAACUUUAGGACCUGGGGAAAUUGCUUCUUCCCCAGAUUACAGACCAGAUGUGGAAAAGUUUGACUUCUGUUGA